AUGAAUAUUCUGUCUUGGAAUGUGAGGGGGUUUAAUGAGGAUGCUAAGCGAGCCCUCCAUGAUCAUUGUUCAAGAUUUUUACCUAUACUUAUAGGUAUUUUUGAACCUAAGAAGGAUCUUUCGAAGGAGAAUGCGGCUCCUAAGAGAAGAAACUUUAAGUUUUUGGAUAUGUGGCUUUUACACCCGGAUUUCAAUGAGUUUAUGCAGGCUUCUUGGCAGGCGCCGACGAACUCCACCUGCCCACUGUUCACGGAGUCGCUUGCGCAGAUUCAGUUGAAGAUUGUAGAUGAAGGUUAUUCGGACUCUCUCUUUGAUCAAGAGGUCGCAGCCCAGGCAAGAAUUGGUACUUUGCUUACACGUAAAAGUAGUCUCAUGCAACAGAAAAGUAGAGUUCGUUGGCUUAAGGAUGGUGACAGGAACACAAGCUUUUUCCAUAAGUCCUUCAAGAUGCGACGCAAGAAUUUGAUUCUUUCUCAACUCAAGAUUGAUGGUGUUGAUACUUUUGAUCAGGACGUUAUUUCCUCACAUAUUGUGGAUUUCUUCUCCAAACUUUUUGCUGAGGUAACGACGCAUACUGUUACGGCGCAGGAAGUUCAACAGAUUGUGGAGGCCACGGUGUCACAAAGACAGAAUGAAAGUCUGAUCUGCAUUUCUGAGGGAGAGGAAAUCAAAGCGGCGGUUUUCAAUUUGGCGAGUGAUAGUGCUGCUGGACCGGACGGCUUUUCGGGCACUUUCUUUCAGAAAUGUUGGGACACCAUCAAGGAUGAUAUUGUGGUUGCGGUUAAGACUUUCUUUGUGAAGAACUAUCUUCCUCAGGGACUGAACUCUAAUACGUUGAUCCUUAUCCCUAAAAAAGAGGUUGUUGAAACGGUUGCUGAUCUGAGGCCGAUUGUCCUCUCAAACUUCUUUUUUAAGGUCCUCUCCAAAAUUCUUGCAACUCGGCUUAGUUCGGUGGCAGCUGAUUGCGUGACGCACAAUCAGUUUAGUUUUAUUCGCGGACGGCUUAUACACGAUUGCAUUAUGUUGGGAUCGGAAGGUGUUAACUGCAUGAAUAGAUCCUGCAAUGGCAUGAAUAUGGCUUGCAAAGUGGAUAUUAAGAAAGCUUUUGAUACCAUGAGUUGGAACUUCAUUAUGAGAGCAAUGCAGGCGAUGGGAUUUAAUCAAACCUUUCUAGGGUGGAUUGCCAUAAUUUUUUCCUUCGCUCGGCUUUCGAUUCUCUACAAUGGGAAACUUUGCGGGUAUUUUCCUUGUUCACGGGGUGUUAGACAGGGAGAUCCUCUCUCGCCUAUUAUCUUUGGCAUCGCGGAGGACGUGCUUAGUAGAUUAAUUUUGAAAGCGGUUGCGGCGGUGCAUAUUGAGCCGAUGAGGAUGUGCAGGGGUCAGUUCUUUCCCACCCAUCUCCUUUAUGCCGAUGACAUUCUGAUUUUCUGUAAAGCGUCGAUGAAGAAUGCUAGAGCCAUUCGAGACAUUCUUCAGUUUUAUGGUUCAUUUUCGGGACAAAUUUGCAGUAUAGAGAAAUCGAGGAUCUUCUUUGCUAAAGGGGUUUCUCCCUGUUAUAAACGUCAGAUUUCUCGUGCGCUGGGGUUUCCCAGCGGAAGAUUGCCUAUGAUCUACCUUGGCGUCCCACUUUUGUUGGACGGCCCAAAGCUUCCCACCUUGCCGCCAUUAAAGACCGCAUUCUUUGCAAAUUCUCCCGCUGGAAUGAUUAUUCUGGGAUGUCAGUUCGGUUUUGAUAUCAUGAAGAUGAGAUAUCUUGAUCCUUUUGGUCGUCCCCGCAAGGUGGCUCUUGCUUCUUCUAUUUGGGGAGGUGUUAAACAACUUAUCCCGGAUCUUAUUGAUGAUUCCUACUGCCUUCUUGGAAGUGGGCAGUCGAUAUAUUUCUGGCAUGAUGAUUGGCUCGGCUACGCCAUUGCAGAUAAAGUCAACAUCCCUAUUUUUAUGAGGCAUCGACUUAAACAAACGGUGUCGGAUUAUCUUUAUGAUGGGGUCUGGCACUUUGCUCAGGAGUUUAUUGAUGAGUUUCCUGACAUCGUCUGUGAUAUUCUACUUUUGCCGAUUGGAAAUGAGGAGGAUGUUCGAUUAUGGAAGCCUUCGAUUCAUGGGGAAGUCACCUCAGCGCUUGCUUUUGCUUCCUGUUGUCAUCGUUUUCCGCGUGUCUCGUGGUGCACCUGGCUUUGA